AUGGAAGAAAAACAGCGUCCAGUUGCAGCCAAAUGUGGUAGCUUUUCAAUCGAAGAAAUCCUGAGUACAAGCUCAUAUGAUAAUGCGAACGUUAACUGUUAUCAACUCUCAUCCCUGGAAAUUGGUUCUGCCGAAAGUGAAGCAAGUUCUGUUAUACACAAAGGCCAGGGAACGGUGGACAUAGACAAGAAGAGACGUUUUGUACAAGGUAACAAAAAAAUACUGCCAGAAAUUGGCUCUAAGUUGCUUUGAUCGGUGUUAAUAUUCUGUGGAGUCAAUGGAUCAGUGACGUUGCCUUUAUCUGCUUGAGAAAUUUUCCUUCACGUUACUUUUCAGAGACUAAGUAAUGAUUCAAAAUAUUAAAUAACUUUAGAUACUAGGCAUAUAAGUGGAGUUGAUUGUAUGUUGUACGUUCAUAGUGUCUUCAGCCCAUUCCCUAACCUCUUAUCACUGAAGGCUAAGAGACUUCUUUGUCGAUGUGAUCAUUAAAAUCAUGAAAGCAGAAACAAUUUCACCUAAUUAGAAAAGAACAGUUUUGAUAUCCUCAGCAUGCCUCUUAAGGGUCUUGUUGAGAGGCAAACCACGUGCAGUUUGAAAACAUUGACAAAGAAAUGAAAAGGAGUGACUUGAUGUCCUCCCGCGAGAGCAGUGUAUAAAGGUUACCGCUUGCUGGCCCUUUGAAAAAGAUUCACUUUUAUUCAUUUCACAAUCAUUAGGCUGUUAUUUUGUUUUGCCAAACAUAACGCCACCCCUGUGAACUGCAAAUUUAUAUAGCCGGGAGGAAAAUUGUGCAAUUUUGAAACAUGACUAGAACGAGAAACGAAAUUAAAACCUAGAAUAAGAAAAACCCGAUUAGUUUAUCACGAAAAGCAAAGCACAGAUCACGUGAGACUUCUACAUGUCAAAGCUCUCUCGUUUGUAAACUUAAGAGAAUAAAAACGACAAACGGAAAGAGAUUUUAUUCAGUAAGAAAUGCUUUAAUGCUUAGAGGCACUCAAAGCCGCCUAAAGCUAAGGCUCCCUAUUGUCUCUCUAGGAUCUUCUUCCCAAGUACAAAAAACUGUCAGCGAUCGACAACCAGCCCCAGACUUAAAGAAGCGGCCAAGAACUGCUUUCACAAAUGAGCAGAUCAAAGUUCUGGAAAGCGAAUUCCAGAAGAGCAAGUAUCUUAGUGUUGUGCGCAGAAUGGAGCUUUCAAAGUCGCUCAGUCUAACAGAGACACAGAUCAAAAUAUGGUUUCAAAACCGUCGUACCAAAUGGAAACGCAAGCUUGCCUCAGAAACGGAAUACGUUCUUGCAGCACAGGGAUACUUAGUCCCUUCACACCCAGUUUACCAAAGGCCUAAGUACUACUUUAACAACUCAAUGGCUCAAUCUAGCUUUAUUCAGCCGGCGUCACCCUUUACCGUCUAUCACCGACCAGCAUAUGCCACUUCUCCACCCCGCCAUUCUGUUGGAGGUUAUUCGACGCUGCGGCCUGAAAUGUUCAGCAUUUAUCCACCUUAA